UUCCUGCUAACUUCACGUUACUGACAGUUCAUACAUUUGUGUCGGCCUUCGCCCUUCGCUCGAAUUUGCUUUGUUGUUGCUCGCAGUCGCCGACGAACUAGUUUUGCGCCUCGCCGCGAACGUGUGAUGUGACCUGUUGAUUUAUUACUCAUCGUGUUUUAGUGCUUUUGUCUGUGAUAAAAAUGACAUGAUGCUGUUUAAAAAUGUUAUAAGUGGUGCGCGUUGAGUGAUUGUGUGUUCAGUGUAAAAUGGGUUUGAUUACUUCAAGGGAGCAGACAAUGUUGGACGGGCCGGUGGCGUCGGCCAAGAGUCACCAUGUACGGCAGCCGUCGACUAGGAACCGAACGAAGCCCCCGAUGCCGGACCGGGAUGAGCUGGAGAACCGUUUCAUCAAAGUUUUGGCUUCAAUGGAUCUCCCCCCGGAUAAAGCGAAACUUCUCCGCAACUAUGACCUGGAGAAGAAGUGGGAGAUCAUCUGCGACCAGGAUAUGGUUCAAGCCAAGGACUCCCCAGCACACUACCUCAACAAACUCAGAACGUACCUCGAUCCUAAGGCGUCCAGAAGUCACAGGAAGCGGAAAAUGGUCGGCGACUCAACUUCGACGCAAGUCCUCAGGGACUUGGAGAUAUCUUUACGAACAAAUCACAUAGAGUGGGUGCGAGAGUUCCUGAACGAACAGAACCAGGGUCUGGAUGUGCUGAUAGACUACCUGAGCUUCAGGCUUAGCAUGAUGAGGCACGAGCAGAGGAUCGCGCUCGCCAGGAGUCAGUCCAGCGAUGGGAUCAAUCAAGUAAACACCACCACAUCAGAAUGCAGUGGGCCCACCGAGACGGGGUCUACCAUGUCGGCCUCAUGGCGACGAAGGGCGAGAAGUGCGGAGGCCGAGUGCGAGGGUGCAGCCAGCCCGGCUGUAGCUCGGAGAAGGACGAGACACGCGGCGAGAUUGAAUAUGGGAGCUUCCACCGAUGAUAUACAUGUGUGCAUCAUGUGUAUGCGGGCUAUCAUGAAUAACAAGUAUGGCUUCAACAUGGUGAUCCAGCAUCGGGAAGCAAUCAACAGCAUAGCUCUCUCGCUAGUCCACCACUCGCUCCGCACAAAAGCACUGGUCUUAGAACUGCUAGCUGCCAUCUGUCUGGUGAAGGGUGGCCAUCAGAUCAUACUGUCUGCCUUCGAUAACUUCAAGGAGGUGGUCGGCGAACCGAGGAGGUUUCACACGCUCAUGGAGUAUUUUAUGAAUUAUGAUAAUUUUCAUAUUGAGUUUAUGGUGGCGUGCAUGCAAUUCGUGAACAUAAUAGUGCAUUCAGUGGAAGACAUGAACUUCAGGGUGCAUCUACAGUACGAGUUCACUGCGCUCAAGUUGGACGACUACCUCGAGAGACUGCGGUUGUGUGAGAGUGAUGAUUUACAGGUUCAAAUCUCAGCAUACUUGGACAACGUGUUCGACGUGGCCGCCUUGAUGGAGGACAGUGAGACCAAAACCGCAGCGCUGGAGAAGGUCAACGAACUCGAAGACGAGUUAGGACAUGCUCACGAAAGGAUGGCGGCGUUAGAAAGAGAAGCUAUAGCGAAACUAGCAACAUUAGAAUCCGAGUUGGCUGCCGUGCGGGCCGAACGCGAUCAGCUGGCUGAAGCGAGGAGACAAGUAGUUGAAGAGGUAUCGACGUUACGCCGUGCGCAGCAGGACUCGCGCAACCGUCAGUCGAUGUUGGAGUCCAAGGUGCAGGAACUUGAGUCGCUCACCAAGUCCCUGCCAAGAGGAGCCUCCAUGGGUGCUAUAUCAACACACGCUCUCUGCAAUGGCACAGCGAACGGCCACCUCCCUCCUCCACCCCUACCAAACGGGGACACGCCCACAUUCAAAUGCCCGCCUCCUCCUCCUCCCCCCGCGCCUCCUGCGGCCGCUACACCGCCACCAGCACCAGCGCCCUGCCCCCCACCACCUCCUCCUCCCCCGCUAUUGGCUCCAGCGCCCCCGCCCCCCGCGCCGCCCGCCCCGCCCGCGCCCGGCCUCAUGCCGCCGCCGAUGCACACAGACGCGAUGACCAUCAAGAGGAAGGUGGAUACCAAGUAUAAGCUGCCCACGCUCAAUUGGAUCGCGCUCAAACCUAAUCAGGUCCGAGGGACAAUUUUCAACGAGCUGGACGAAGAGCGUCCCCGACGGAGGAUAAACUUCACAGAGUUCGAGGAGAAGUUCCGCAUCGGCGGCACCGUGGGCUCCACACCGCUCGACACAGACACCGACACGCUCGCCUCGUUCCCCAGCAAGCGCUUCCGCAAGCCCGACACUGUGUCGCUGUUGGAACACACCCGGCUCAGGAACAUAGCAAUAUCAAGAAGAAAACUCGACACGCCCGUCGAAAAAGUAAUGGCUGCAGUCAACAAUUUAGACCUCAAACAAUUGCCUCUAGAAAGCGUCGAGAUCCUGCAACGCAUGGUGCCAACCGAAGCCGAGCAAAAGGCUUACAAGGAAUACGUCGCAGAAAAGAAACCAGUCAACCAACUUACCGAAGAAGAUAAAUUCUUAAUGCAACUGACCAAAGUAGAAAGGAUAUCUGCCAAACUAUCCAUCAUGAGUUACAUGGGCAAUUUCUUCGAUAACAUACACUUAAUAACUCCGCAAAUCCACGCCAUUAUUUCUGGUUCCUCCUCUGUUAAAUCGUCGACGAAACUGCGCAAUGUAUUAGAAAUUAUUCUUGCGUUUGGAAAUUACUUGAAUAGUAGUAAGCGCGGGCCAGCUUACGGGUUCAAAUUGCAAUCUUUGGAUACUCUUAUGGAUACGAAGUCGACGGAUAAGAGGAUAUCCUUGUUGCAUUAUAUCGUGGCGACUAUUAGACAGAACUUCCCUGAGCUCAUGAACUUUGAUACAGAGUUGCUGUACAUCGAUAAGGCGGCGCAAGUGUCCCUGGAGAACGUAGCGGGCGACGUAUGUGAACUAGAGCGUGGCAUGGAGACCGUGCGGCGCGAGGCGGAGCGCGAGGGGCUGCGGGCGGCACCCCAUGUGCUGCGGGACUUCCUCGCCAACGCCGCCGACAAGCUGCGCCGGCUCAGAGCUGAGACUAAGCAUGCACAGGACUCGUUCGCAUCGUGCGUGGAGUACUUCGGCGAGGCGCCGCGGGGCUGUGACGCCAACGCUUUCUUCUCGCUGCUCGUCAGGUUCACGAGGGCGUUCAAGCAAGCAGACGCAGAGAACGAGCAACGUCGCAGACUGGAGCAAGCGGCGCAGCAGGCCGACCACGUCGACCCCAACAAGACUAAGAUCAUGCAGAAGAAACAACAGGAGGCUGUAAUCAACGAAUUAAAAACGAAAUCUCAGGCCGUCGGCGAAAAGAAGUUGCUUCACCAAGACGAGGUAUACAACGGUGCGUUGGAGGACAUCUUGCACGGCUUGCGGAGCGAGCCCUAUCGCCGCGCUGACGCCGUCCGACGCUCCCACCGGCGCCGCAUCAACUCACACCGACUCUCCAAGGGGCUCGAGGAGCUGGACGUAUGAUACGAGCUCGACUCCAGUCCCGCACUGGAAUCACCCGUACAGAACGCCGUCAAAAACAUCAACGCACGCUGCAACGGCAAUGGUGACAAAAAGAAACGCCGCAAAGAUCUGGAAAUGGUCCACAAAAAACACUCCAUUGCUAUCUAUAAUAUUGAGGACAAUGUCACAGAGUUUCCCGUUAACGAGAGUGCUAGGAAGAAGUCGACGUACAGAGUGGCGCCCGCGCCGCCGGACUGCGAGAUCGAGGAGCGCUGCGAACUCAUCAAGUCUACUUACGAAGUCAUUUCGAAGUACACGCGAGCCAUGUUCGACAAACAAAACGAAACCGUCGUAUGAACGAUGUGCCUAUUUUGUAUUGCGCGUAUAUUGCACUCAUUAACUAUAAUGUUUUUAAAUAUAUUCAAUGUUAUUGGCUUGUAGCGUUAAAAUUGGCCUAAAAGGUGCGGAGUUAUAAACGUCCAAAUAAAACAGACAUUCGAAUUUCGAAGCCGUUGCAAGUGUUGCCAUUAAAAUAAUUACCCCGAUAACUGGGUGCAAUAUAUGUAAGAGUAUACUAACUUUGAUACGCCUACAAUUCAUUCCAUUCCACACGCGACAGCGAUAACCAGUAUUUUGCUACGAUACCAUUUACACGAGUGGUUUAUUUCUAUACGAAAGCUUAGCUUUUAGUAUUGUUUAUAAGCCCAUAGCAUAUUCAUAAACUUAUAAAAAAAUUACGAAUCUCAAGCACAAAUUGAAUACGGACCAAAACGAUGAGAAUACCAUAGUGAAAUAGUUUACAAUGCUAUGGGCAGUUAGUCCCGCUAGAACAAAAAUGGCCUUUUAAAUAGACGCACAGUUUUCUACCGCGAUUUUUUCGAUUUAAAUAUAGCAUAGGUACUAAAUAACAGUGUCCUUAUAUAUGUACACGUAUACAUGAUUACGAACCAAUAAACGAUUUUUAGUAAUAUUUAAUAUUAUAGUAUGGAACAUACGCAUUUAUAAUAUAGCAUUUUUACCUACUUGUGAUAGUGCAAUUUUUUUUAACGCCUCGAUACGACAUUUUCGACUUUCCCUAAUAUUAAUAAGUGGUGUUUUUUACUAUUAUUACCUACAAAAUAUAAUUUCUAAAUAGUCUUUUGAAAGUAUUUUUAUUUUAAUGCAUGUCUAUUUUAAGGAUAAAUUACUUCUAUAAUUAAUGAAUUAUAGUUUUAUAUUCCACUCCUUUCAUGCUACAACUCUAUUUAAUUUUUUAAGCUCUUACUAGCUCUCAUAACUGUCGAAAAAUGUCGUAUCAGAAUAAUUAAACUAUGUAUGUGUAUUCUAUAUUAUUGAAGCAACACAAUAUCCUUGUUAACUAUAUUGUAUCCUGGUAUUAAUCCUAACAUGACACUAUAGUUAUAAUUAUUUAUACGAUUCUAUUCCAUCUAGACUAAGUUUUGUAUACAAACUCUUUCUCCCAAUUAAAUAACCUUUUUUGAUCUGGUAAUAAUCUGAAAUUUCGAAUAAGUUAUUUUAACGUUGUAAAUAUGUUUUUUUUGCUGUCUGUGAAAGUUCCAAUUUCAGAAUUGAAUUUGCGAAAAAUAGAAAAUGUAAAUAUUGUAUUUUUUAUAAUAUAUGUGUUAAACUCAAGUUACUUGAGAAUGUAGGCGGGCAAUAUAAUUUGUAGGAACUUAGAACCUAUAUGUUUAUAUUAUAUUUUGCCUGAAAUCGGUACUUUUACAUUGUAAUGUCGAAUAAAUAAGUUUAAUUAUUUAAUUGAUCCAGUGAAUAUUUAAUAUAUUAAUGCUUUAGCACUUACCUGGGCGCGUAAACAAUAAAAUAAAAACAUUGGGCAACAUUUUAAUAAAAUGUUUAAGAUUAUUCCAUAUUUAUCCAAUUAAUUAUCGAAUUAAAUAUGAUUUUGCUAUGAAUGAUUCUCAAAUUAAUUUGUUUUGUUUUAGAUUUAUUAUUAUAAGUAUGUUUUGAUAGCUACGCACUCGGGCUUACGUUAUUAAAUAGAGGUGCUUAUACGCACGUUAGCUUUAUGAUAUUCGUUUCGCUAAGUCAUGACAAAAUGAUUAGUAUUCGGGCGGGAGUUGUAUAAAAUAUACAGGGUUAAGUUAAGUAACAAGUAUACAUGCACAAAUCUGGCUCUGGCUUGUUUUAACGGUCAUUUAUUUUUCUUGCGUUCAUAAAGGAAGACUUCUUAAAAUGCCACAAAAUACUUCCAAGAUUUUACUACAUACAAAAGUUGAUCAAAAGUUUAUAAUGAGAAAAUGACCGUGAAAGUAAGCCAUUGCAGUUUUAAAUUGGGGUUUCUCAAGUUAUACAUUUUGAAUAUUUUUUCUUCCCGCAUACACAUGAGGGUGUUAUUCAUAGACAACUUUACCCACCAUCUCGCCCCACCAUAGCGGUUAAUAAUGGGAGUGAUAGACCAUAGAUAGCUCAAGUGUUGCCAGAAUUACAUUCUUAUGCUCCGUUAAAAUAGGGUAGUGUCCAGGGUCGAAAUAAUGAAAUAAUAUUUAGUCCGCUUUUUAGACACUCAAAAAAUAUUGGAUACGUAUUUUUUCUUUUUUUAAUUAAACAUAAAAUGACAAAGAUAAUACACUUCAAAAAUUAGGAGUGGGGUCCUUUUACGUCACAGUGUCCUGAAAAUUGUAGCAACUUGUGACGUCACACUCAACUUUAACACGCUAUAUCUUAACAAGUUCUGAUCCAAUUUAAAAAAGAAAAAAUACGUAUCGCUUAAUUUUGGACAAUCUACAAGACGGACUAAUUAUUAUUUUUUAGGAAACUAGCCUAUUAUUCCUCGUUUUAUAUGCCUUUAAGAUAGGUGGGAAUUAAUAUUAAUCUAUGUUAGUUAUAUGUUUUGUUUGCACAAAUUAUUUUUAACAAUUCUGGCGAUAAUUCAGCGAUCUAUGUGCAAUAAAUAUUAUAGAUAUUCGUUUGUCUCGCAUUACGUAUGAUAAGGUGUAUUUAUGACAGUAAUCUAGACUAAUGUAACAGUUUGUGCCUAUUCACGAUAUAUGUAAUUUAUCUAUAAGUUAUAAUAGUAACAGUAUCAUAACUUGUUUUAAAUAUUCCAAGUGCUAUAAACAUAUAAUAAUGAUAAUAAUUUUACAGUAAAUAACUACCAUUUAUACGAAACCCUUUUUGGAACUGUAUAUUUUUGAAACUGAAUAUUUUUAUCGUAAUCUCGUAUUUAUAAACUUUCAUGUGUAUUCGGGAAUUGUUUAAGUUUAGUAGAAAUUUAUAGAAACGUUUUGUGUAUAGUUAUAUUAGUUAUGGUAUGUUUGUAUUCGAUUUUGUUAGUAUCGCAUGUACGCUAGCAUUAGUAACAGUAUUCGGAUGCAAUAAAUAAAACAUACAUUUAAUUAA